AUGGGCCCGACCCUGGCGCAGCAGCAUGCCGAACUGUCUGCUCUUCUGGCCGCGCCAAGCGAUGCUGAUUGCGAACACGCGCAACAGUUGAUGCUACAACACAGACUCGAGGCCAACAAGCGCGUUGGGGGCGACUUGAGCUACAAAGAUGCCAAUGGCGUCCUUUCAAAAGUCGCACAAGGGAUUAUUGUGGUUGGCGUCACUCCCGCUCUAGUCCAGGCUCUCCUCGAGUACGAUGCCAACGUUUCCAUUGCCCGUUUCAAAAGCACCAACUUUUGGAAGGCUAUCCGGGGAAAAGACCAAGUGGAUGUUCGGAGUCACGUUCUUGAGCAAGCACUACGCACCUGUUCUGAUGCCAUUGUACUGUGUCUGGCCCAGAAUGCCGACGAGAUGUCCAUCAAUGCAGCUCUUCCCAUCGCCAUCGACCUCGACGACGUUCUCAAGGUGUACAUUCUGCUCAAGCAGGGCGGCAACGCGAGCGAACUAUGUCAGUCUUUCCAAAAGGCUGUCCAAGACGGCUCUGACGAGAUGGUGGCCACUCUCAUGACAGACGGCAAGGGGGUUUGCCAGGAUUGCCGGAACAAGGGCCUCGUACAGGCUGCCAGGCGAGGAUACGAAGCCAAGGCAAACAUGCUUCUCAACCAUGGGGCGGAUGUCGGCUUUGACCGGGCUUGUGCUCUACUGUCAGCAAUUCGCGGCGGGAGCCCAGCCAUUGCAGAGAAUAUCGCUUUACGCCGCGAGAUGAGCCAAUAUCCGCUCCUUGGGGACAUGGCUGCCGCAGAAGCAUACGACCAGCAGCAGUACCGCCUGCUUGAGAUGCUCCUCGAUUCAGGGGCAAAGGGGCCAAACAUGGACGCGAUACUUGCCAAGGCGCUGGAGAAGAAUCAACUGAAAUUGGCCCAGGCCCUCGUAGAGCAUGGCGCAUUGAUUCCCGACAAGGGGGAAGCUUGUUUGCUGUCUGCCGUCAAAAGCGGCCGUCCUGAGCUAUUACAGGUCGCUUUACAAAGCAGACCGAAGAUGGAUAUUCUAGCAUCAGCAAUUGUGUACGCCACCAAGCUGACUGAUCUCGAUGUCUGCCGCCGGAUGAUCGCACUCUUGUUGUCUGCCGGAGUUCGUGGCGACUCAGUCUGCGAGACCCUCGUCCAGAUUCUGGACAAGACUCUGGAGCCGAGCGAGGAGCAGACGCAACGAGAAUUGAUCCAUCUGCUUCUCCAAAAUGGCAAAGCGGACAUCAACUUUGGUGCCGGGCGUGCCGUGGCAUUGGUCGUGACACAGGGACGAAGCGAUCUUGUCGAUUUAUUUUUGCAACACGGCCCAUCAACUGAAACCCUCAUUGUUGCUUUGGGGUCUGCCAUGGACUUGGCAAUGCCACAGCUGCGAAGCGAGCUCAUCCAGCUCAUUCUCGGCCACAAGUCUGGUGCUAUUGAAGUGGACCGUCUUCGCAGUGAGCGCUUGCGAGAAGCUGCCAUUGCCGCAGCGGCAAAGAGGCUUCGAGUCGAGGUCCUCAACUCGUUGAUCUCGGACACGACUUCAAAGGCAACGUUUUCAGCCGCGCUCGCUGCCCUCGUAUCGGGGAGUUGCAAGUGGCUCACCCCUGACGGCUUGACAAUCGUCCAGACCCUUCUAGAGCGCGGAGCGUCGGGCGUUGCGCUUGAUGAUGCCUUUUGCCAAGCUGUUCGAUUCUGCGACCGACAAGCCAUGGGCCUUUUGAUGGAGUUUGUCGGCGACACUGCCUUUGACGCGGCGUUGAUGCAUCUUGUGCAGCAUUCCAAGGACUGGCAAUCUCCUGAACAGCUCUGGCUGGUGGAAGAGCUGCUUGGCCGAUGCAGCGGCCUGUCCGUCAACGAGCUCCUCCUUGAAGCCGUCAACGCCUGUACUGAUAGUGACGCCUCGCUAGAUCUUGUAGAUACUAUAUUCAUCGUUCGUCCGGAUGCAGCCAACGUCAAUUAUAAACAUGGAGAAGCCGUCAAGCGCGCCAUCAGAGGUGGUGGAGUGUCGCUGCUGAGGACCUUGAUCGAAACCGGCGCGACAGCCGAGACGAUGACCCAGGCAUUUAUGGCUACUAUUCAAUCUUCUUUGACCGAGGAGACAGUGCUGCAUCUACUGGAGACUCUUGUUUGCUACGCGCAACAGAGCGGCACAGGCUUUGAUGCCAACAUGACCUUCAAAGAUGGCCUCCCGCCACUUGCCUCUUGUCUAUUGAGCUACCCUCAAUCUUCCAAACUGGUUGAACGCUUGAUUCAACUCGGAUGCAACGCCGAGACUACAUUCAGCUGCAAGAUUUGCGCCGACAAGGGGGCUGUACCCGAGUCAAUUACCGUCCUUCAUUGGGCUCUGUGCCCGCAUGGAAACGGGCAGGUACCGACUGAUGUCAUGGCAAAGUUGAUUGAGGCAAAAGGUAUAAAACAAUUCCUUCCUUGGACAGACCAAAAAGCGGCUCACAAACAAGUAGCAAACGUCAACUGCAUUGCCUCGAGCUCCCACGCAACGCCUCUCAUACUAGCUGCGCGCCAUGGCCGUAGUGACGUGAUACGCAAGUUGCUCGACGCGGGAGCAAACCCCAACAGCCGAGACCAGUCCAACAGAUCGGCUCUAUUCUAUGCCUCCCAGUCGGGGGACUCGGAAACGGCGCGGCAACUCGUCAAGGCAAACGCCAGAGCAAACGACGGCAGCCUCCACGAGGCGGCCAGAAACCUGCGGAGCAAGGUGGUAGAAAUCCUCAUCCAGGGCAAACACGAGCCCAACUUCCCCAGCAACAGACCGGAGCAUGAAGGCAGAACGGCCCUCCAAGAGCUCGCCUUCAAAUGCGACGCAACAAGAGGCGCCAUGGAACUCGAGGAGACGAUUCUAGCCUUGGACAAGGGCAAGGCCGACGUGCUGUCUCGGUACGACGGCAGAAACGCGCUAUUCCUUGCCCUCGAGAACCUCGGGCCAUGUCAAGUAACGUCGGCCGUGCUGAAUACCGUCAUGUGGCGGGAAAUCAACAACGAGCAGAAUGUCUUUGUGUCCGCCGACCCCAACACGGGGGCCAAGUACUACUUCUCUCCGACCAUGUACCUGCAAAAGGGCUGCUACUGCGGCGACCCCAAACACCUCGACAAGCUGAUGCAGCUACUCCAUCAGAUGCAAUGCGUCGAUCGAUUCUACGCGGAGCCCGGGCCCGGCCAACCGGGGUUUGCGCAGCCGCCCGGCACAACAGGCAUGCCCAAGCGGCUCCUCGAGGUCGAGGAGAGGCGCAGGGCCGAGGAGGAAAAGCAGCUGUACAAGGACAUUGACCACCGGCGCAAGCUCGAGCGCCAGCGGGAAGAGGCGCAGGUCAAGGCCGACAUUGAGUACCACUCGCAACGGCAGAAGAUGAACCCGAACCUGAACCCGAACCUGAACCUGAACCACGCGGCGGCGGGCCACCAGACCGAGAUGGAACAAAGACAGGCCAAGGUGUCAUGGAGUCGGGAGGCGGCUGCUCUGGAAACAAGACAGGCCGUGACGGCGCGGAUGGCGCAGCAGGAGCAGAAGCUGCACCUCCAACAGCUGCAGAACAAGGAGAAUGUUGCGUUUCAGAAGAAGAAGAAUAGGUUGACUGCUGAAGGGCUGGCUGCGAAAUGGGCUCCCGGCAAAUGA